AAGAGUCGUAGCAACCGGCUUGACGUUACAGCCAGCAGUCAUGUUGUAACCGCCAACAUCAACAUAACAUAAAUGGCGAGAAGAACAGUCACGAUGUCCCCCCUUCGUGUUGGCCGGUUAAGAUGUUAAUAACGGUGUGCUACGUCUAUCUUUGGGUGCGCUUUCACAAGUGCUACUCGGUUUUGAUACGUAACAGCCUCUCCCGACUGAGCAGCGGCAACUUCAGCUUCAGCUUCCGAGUCUGCUCGAGCUCGGCCUCAGCACCGGACACAGCGUCGCCGACCGAGCGCCACACAGCUGCGCGCCGGCAGCCCGGUCCGCUUCCAGCCGAGGACAACGUUUUCCUCCAGCUGGGAGACAAGGCUGUCUAUGUCACGGAGCCUCAGGCGUGCGACGACCUCAGCAAAUGGACCGUGCUGUUGGGGUCCUCUCUGGUUUGCGGUCCGCGAAUAGAGAGCAUUUCAUUCAUCAUAGAAGCUGCAGGACACAGAGUGGGCUACCAUUCUCCUCACACGUCCAAUAAGAAAGUGCUGAAGUGGUCUGACUACUGCCUCCCUCUGGCCCGCAGUCCCGGCCAGCCCUUCAGGGCCGUGGCUCAGGCCAGCGUGGACAACUUCAGCCGCCUGGGCGUGGCUUUUAUCGAAGAUCGCCUUCAGCUGGACAAUGGACUUACGCCAUCAAAGAUAAUCCCUGUCCUCAUCCAAGAAUCCACCCUCAGCGAGCUGCUGGAGAAGCAGUGUCUAAAGACCGAGACACCACCAUGUCUCUGCGACGCCCGGACUGGACAGGGCGUUGCUGAGCCUUUGCGCCAUCACCUGCCGGCCGACUGCCAGCACCCACCGUGCCGCAAAGGCAGCCUCCUCCUCACCCCGGAGGUCAGGAGGAGGUUGGAGGAACGGCGAGGGUCGGAGCCGCUCUGCGGCACUAAGGACCCGGGACCCAUUUGCGACUCGGAGGACCGCUCCUUGGGGAACCAUCACCACAUGGAGGGCCACAGACACCACCUCCAUCUGUCCAGCUGCAACGAGUGCUUGGAGCUAGAGAACAGCACCAUCCUCUCAGUGAAAUACGCGUCGGCUGAGAACAUUCCGGACCUUCCCGAUGAUAACUCAGCAGGGCUGGACAGUGGCGCUGAGACUCUGGAUGACGUCCACGAUGCCAAAGGGUUUUCUGGGCAGAGCGGUGGACUGGACUGUAAUAUCAAGCCGCCAAAUAUUCUGCUGUACACGGGCGGCUGCCAGGAGCGCUUUCAGUAUGUCCGGCAGAUUUUAUCAGAGUGUAUAAACAUGGAAGACAACAUAAUAUAUCCCCUCCAACCACAGCAGGCUCUGAGCGACCCUUGGCUGGACAAUACCAAGCUCCUCAUCCUGGCAGAGAAGGAACCCCUGACCCCCCAGCUUCAGACCUGUUUUCUCACCUACCUUAGCCAGGGGGGCAGGGUGCUGGGGCUGGCCUCCACCCUGUGCCCGGCGGGCCUCUGCCUGGAGGCCAGGGAGGAGCGACGCGGUCGGGUCGGCAGGCUGAGCUUCACCAGGGAGGACAGCACGGAGCUGGAGCUGAGCGUGUUUUUGAGUGGGAAGGUCUACGUCAGGGACAUGCAGGGAGGAGGGGAAGUGGAGCUCUGGGGGGAGCUGAAAGGGGACGCCCCCCAUCAGAGGGACAUGGUUGUAGUCAGGGUGACCCACGGAGAGGACGGCGGGGAGGCUGUCCUCUGCCAGGCCCACCUGGAAAUUGCUCCCGACCCCCAGAAUUUGACGGCCAAAGGUUUCGAUGAACUGAAAGUCAGCAACGCGCUGCGUUAUGAAGUCUUGACGGAGAUCCUCACCUCUCUGGGCCUCAGCUGCGAGCUCAACCAGACUCCAGUCCCAAGCCCAGUCCACCUGCUGGCCACCUCUCAGGAGGCCAAGACCACCUUCGUGGAUUGGCUGCGGACACGUGCGGAUCAAAAUGGCCUCCUCACAUUGUCCAAGGCCUCCUUCUCGUUGGUGUCCAGUUCUGAGCUCCAGGACGGGCCUUCGCUUCCUGAGGGCUCUGUGGCCCUGGUCACCAACUCCUUAGAGUCCCAGAGCUGGCCGCAGUUCAGCAUGGAGACCUACAGAGAGAACCUGAAGACCAGCCUACUGGGGCACACCCUGCUGUACGCUGAGGUCGCCACGUCCACCAUGGACCUGCUACAAGGGUUGACUCUGCACUUACCAAAGGAAGUGGGCCUGAUAGCGGUCGCUGCUCAACAAAGCCAGGGCAGAGGUCGGGGCAGGAAUGCCUGGCUCAGCCCUCUGGGUUGCGCCAUGUUCACUCUGACGGCCCAGGUGGAGCUGAGCUCCAAGCUCGGACAGAGGAUCCCCUUCCUGCAGCAUCUGGUCGCCCUGGCGGCAGUGGAGGCUGUCCGCACUCUUCCUGGAUACCAGGACAUAGACUUGAGGGUGAAGUGGCCCAAUGACAUCUAUUACAGUAACCUGAUGAAGCUUGGGGGAGUACUGGUGACUUCCACUGUGAUAGGAUCAACCUUUCACCUGCUCAUAGGCUGUGGGUUCAAUGUGACGAACAGCAACCCGACAAUGUGUAUCAAUGACCUGAUCCAGCAGCACAACGCGCAGCAUAACUGCAGCCUGCAGCCGCUCCGCUGCGACCAGCUCAUAGCUCGCACGGUCGGCUGCCUGGAGGCCCUCAUCGGCAGCUUCCAGCGGGGGGGGGCGGACGCCGUCCUGCCCACCUACUACAACAGAUGGCUUCACAGCGGGACUCGGGUGCGUCUCUGGAGCGAGGACGGACUGGAGGCCGCGGUGGUGGGCCUGGACCACAAUGGCUUCCUCCAGGUGCACAACAAGGAGCAGGGAGUGGUCUCCGUGGAGCCCAACGGCAACUCCUUCGACAUGCUGAAGAACCUGGUGGUCAUCAAGCAGCAUUAGGACCAAAUCCAGCAUCUCUUCCAACAGGCUGAAGCACUGAGUUAUUUAGUCUGAUCAAAAACUUUAUGUAAUGAUAUAAAUGUGUUUAUAAUCGAUUAAUACAUUACUAUGUUCCUGAGUAUUGGUUAGCUUCGUGUGCUAACCUGACAUCCAUUUGAGCUAGUUGGGGUAAUUUGGAAGACAAAGAGUGACUGACUGGGUUUAAAGGCAGCUAGUGAUAUCUGCAUCACUACACACAUCAGGUUGAUUAUGACCGGCUGAAUCGGGACCACCAGUUCAAACCAAUAUUUAAGAACCUGACUUUCUGGGAGCAUUAAAUCCUGUACCCCUCAUCUGAACACUUAACCUGAUGUCACUGUUGCAUGAGAACAGGGAUCAUUGAGGCUUUUGCUGUUGCUAAUGUCUGCAAAAUAAAGAUUUCCACAGAAA